UGCUGCACUGCACUCUGGCUCCGGACGUUUUUCUUCCCAACGAGAAUCCUUCAAAACCCUCACUCAUCCUUACCUGUAAAGAGCCUGGCACAGCCACAUGAUUCUGUUCCGUUUUUCAACCGUUCCCAUUUGCUGCGGUCACCCAAAAGAGAAAUAAUUUGUUGCAAGAAGCAAAUUAAAAGCAAGGGGGAGACAGAGAGAGAGAGAGACUGCUUUUAUUGGCCCCAUUCAGCAAUUUCUGGGCAUUAAGGACUUUCCUUUCCUCAUCAGUAUAAAGGAUCACUUCCUGCUCUUACACUCCCUCACUCCCUCCCUUCCUCUCUCUCUCUGUUCCUCUCUUUCUGUCCCUCUCUCUCUCUUUUUCUUUUUCACUCUCUGCGAGUACCAAGGAGUAGUCACUCUCUGCUUCCUGGGGGGUUUAUCAGAACAUUUAUCUGAUAAAUCAGACCGACAUUGCCACCUUCCCUUCAACCACUUCACUCUUUUUGUUUUCUGGGGUUCUUUUUUGUGUUCAAACGUUGGAAGCAAAGAAUAAUCCCAUUAUCAUUGUUUCAUCUUAUAUUUCUGAUUCCCCAUUACAAACCCAAACACUGUCCCAACACUCUCCGUUUCCUAAUACUUGGCAUUUCUGGGAAGUUUCAAUCACAUUUAUGAAGAGGCCUGCGGGGCUCAUCAUUUCCAUGGCUCCUCUGCUUCUGGUGCUGGUUCUGUGCAUACCCACGACGGUUCUCGGUGGUCAUGACUAUGGGCAAGCUCUGAGCAAGAGUAUCCUCUUCUUUGAAGCUCAGAGAUCUGGCUAUCUCCCCAAGAACCAGAGGGUUCCAUGGAGAGCCAACUCUGGCCUCAAUGAUGGCAAAGCCAGUGGAGUGGAUCUGGUGGGAGGGUACUAUGAUGCAGGGGACAAUGUGAAGUUCGGGCUGCCGAUGGCGUUCACAGUGACGAUGAUGUCGUGGAGUAUACUGGAGUACGGGAGGCAGAUGGCCAAGAGCGGCGAGCUCGGCCACGCCAUGGAGGCUGUGAAAUGGGGCACCGACUACUUCAUCAAGGCUCAUCCUCAUCCCUACGUCCUCUACGGAGAGGUGGGGGACGGGAACAGCGACCACUACUGCUGGCAGAGGCCCGAGGACAUGACCACCGACAGGAGGGCGUACCGGAUCGACCCGAGCAACCCCGGGUCGGACCUCGCCGGAGAGACCGCCGCCGCCAUGGCCGCCGCCUCCCUUGUCUUCCGCCGCUACGACCCGGCCUACUCCGCCGAGCUCCUCCGCCACGCCCAGCAGCUAUUUGAGUUUGCGGACAAGUACAGAGGGAAAUACGACAGCAGCAUCACCGUGGCCCAGAAGUACUAUCGAUCCGUCAGUGGUUACAACGAUGAGCUCUUGUGGGCAGCUGCGUGGUUGUACCAAGCAACAAACAAUCAAUAUUACUUGGAGUAUCUGGGCAAGAAUGGCGACUCCCUCGGUGGGAGAUGGGCCAUGACUGAAUUCAGCUGGGAUGUCAAGUAUGCCGGUGUUCAGACGCUUGUGUCCAAGAUCCUGAUGCAAGGAAGAGCAGGUCACUAUGCACCGGUGUUCGAGAGGUACCAGCAGAAGGCGGAGUACUUUAUGUGCUCGUGCCUCGGCAGAGGGACUAGGAAUGUCCAGAGGACACCGGGCGGUCUCCUGUUCCGCCAGCGGUGGAACAACUUGCAGUUCGUCACCAGUGCCUCGUUCCUUAUGACCGUCUAUUCUGAUUACCUUGCGUCUUCUAAAAGGAACUUGCACUGCUCCUCGGGUGCUGUCGCUCCUUCUGCACUCGUCUCGUUUGCAAAAUCACAGGUGGACUAUAUUCUUGGGGACAACCCGAGAGCGACAAGUUACAUGGUGGGUUAUGGAGCCAACUACCCGAGGCAAGUCCACCAUCGGGCUUCUUCAAUUGUCUCUUUUAAGGUCAACCCCACAUUCGUGAGCUGCCGAGGAGGUUAUGCAACCUGGUUCAGCAGAAAGGCCAGUGACCCGAAUCUCUUGACUGGUGCAAUAGUCGGCGGACCCGAUGCAUACGACAACUUUGCAGACCAGAGGAACAACUAUGAGCAAACCGAGCCAGCCACAUACAACAAUGCACCUCUUUUCGGAGUGCUUGCAAGGCUAAGUGGAGGCCACGGCGGAUAUAACCAGCUUCUUCCAGUUGAGCUUCCUGCCCUAAAACCGAUUGUUUCGCGACCAAAUCCAGUCCCAGCUAUCACUAGUCCAGUUGCUGUAGAGCAGAAGUUGACCUCUUCUUGGAACAGCAACGGAAGAACUUACUACAGAUACUCAACUAUUGUAACAAACAAGUCCGAUAAAACUCUGAAAAACCUUUGGCUUUCCAUAUCCAAGCUCUAUGGUCCCGUUUGGGGUCUCACAAAAUCUGGUGAUUCAUACACUUUCCCUUCGUGGCUCCACUCAUUGCCAGCCGGAAAAAGCCUCGAGUUUGUCUAUAUCCACUCUUCUUCUCAGGCAGCAGUUUCGAUCUCAACCUACACUUUGGAAUAGGUAUUGAAUCACCUACAUGACAACGGCAAUCCGAAGUCGGAAGACAAAAGAAGAGGUUUGCGCAGUUGUAGUGUAAGGAUUGUGCAUCUGUAGGAUAGGCAUUGGAAGAAAAAAAUCAGUGCUUUUCUUGUCCAUUUAGUUUUAUUACCAUCUUGAGUGGAAUGUGCUUAUGAGGUGUCGGAUGAAACUGGAAUAAACUAAGGUAGAAGAUGGAAGGCCAGAAAGGUGUGAAGAGACAGAAUGCAAAAGCAGCAGAGCUCAUCCUCUUUCUCCUGCCACUUCACCUGAUGCUACAUAGAGGACAUUAUAAAGGUGAUGAAAGAGUUGAAAAAACCUUGAGAGGUCAAAAGAAUGGCUUCCCAACAACAGGUUACAAAAGAGUGGUUUUCCUUUCGCUUUUCUAGCAUUAGACAGAAGAUUUGGCUCUGUUUUGUGUUGUGUUGUGUUGUGUUGUGUUAUUUAUGAUGUUGUAAGCUCUGCAACACUACUUGUAUCUUCUGCAAGAAAUUGUGUAACUUCUGUUCUUGGCGAUGACCCAGUUUCUUAUUUCUUUGCAACAAUUUGACAGAUAUUCCCGUCA